GGUUGUGGUUUGGACGCCCAGGAGGCGGGUUCGCAUCUGCAGGAGGCGGAGUUCCCUGGGCCAGUCCCGGCUUUUGGGGGGCCGAGUCGGCCCGCAGGAGGCGGGUCAAGGAGGCAGGAGGCAGGGUCAAGGCCUGCUGGGGAGGCGGUCUGGGCCUUUAGGAGGCGGAGCCAGCCGGGCAGAGGGCGGGGCCUAUGUUGUCCAGGGCUGGCUCGCGCUGGCGGGGAGGUGGGCGGGGCCGGGCGGGGGCCGGCCUCGCGUCACCAUGGCAUCGGGAACGCAGCGGCGACGCUGUAUCAGGAGGAGGCCGAGCUCGGAAGGGCGGGGGACAGAGAUGCUCAGCCAGACGCACCGAGGAUUUAAGAGGUGGCCCUGAUCCGGCUUUUCUAGGGACUCUGAAGAUGGGGACUCAAGUGGUUAGGAGACUCUGUGACUCCCUGAUGCCAGCAGAGCCCUCUGAGUCCAUGCCAGCUAAACAGAUGCUCCCUGGCAGCAAGCUCUCAGGCAGCUUUAUGUGCCUCAUGCAACAGCUGCAGGCUUACGUGGCCUGGGUGAACGCACAGCUCAAGAAGAGGCCAGCAGUGAAGCCGGUGCAGGACCUGCGACAGGAUCUUCGGGAUGGGGUGAUCCUGGCGUAUCUCAUCGAAAUCGUUGCAGGAGAAAAACUGAAGGGGGUACAGCUGGCUCCCAGUAACCAACAGGAGAUGAAGAAUAAUGUGGAGAAAGUGCUCCAGUUUGUGGCCUCCAAAAAGAUUCGCAUGCACCAGACUUCGGCUAAAGAUAUUGUGGAAGGAAACCUGAAGUCUAUCAUGAGGCUGGUCCUUGCCUUGGCAGCUCAUUUCAAACCUGGCUCCAACAGGACGGUGAGCCAAGGAAGGGACCCCAGAGUCCCUCUGCAGAGUCACCAGCCACACUGUGCCACUGCUGUGGCCCAGGGAGCAGCGGCUGCUCUGGCUGACGUGUGUCAUGACAUGUCACGGUCAGGACGGGAUGUCUUUCGAUACAGACAGAGGAACAGCAGCAUGGACGAGGAGAUCGAGAAUCCGUACUGGAGCGUGCGGGCCCUGGUGCAGCAGUACGAAGGGCAGCAGAGGUCCCCGUCCGAGUCCAGCUGCUCCAGCCUGACUUCACCCAGUCCUAUCCACAGUGCAAAGAGCGAAUCCAUUAUAACUCAGUCGGAGGAGAAGGCAGAUUUUGUGAUGAUUCCCGCUGAAGGAAUAGAGAACAGAACAGAGGAGACAGACUCUCCGUUCUCCCGAGACUGGCGCCCGGGCAGCCCCAGAACUUACCUGGAGACCUCAUGGGAGGAACAGCUGUUGGAGCAACAAGAACAUUUGGAAAAAGAAAUGGAGGAAGCAAAGAAAAUGAUAUCAGGAUUACAGGCCUUACUGCUCAAUGGAUCCUUACCCGAAGAUGAACAGGAGAGGCCCCUGGCCCUCCUUGAACCAGGAGUCAAUCCUGAGGAACAACUGAUUAUAAUCCAGAGUCGUCUGGAUCAGAGUAUGGAGGAGAAUCAGGACCUAAAGAAGGAGCUGCUGAAAUGUAAACAAGAAGCCAGAAACUUACAGGGGAUAAAGGACGCCUUGCAGCAGAGGUUGACCCAACAGGACACCUCUGUUCUUCAGCUCAAACAAGAACUGCUGAGGGCGAAUAUGGACAAAGAUGAGCUGCACAACCAGAAUGUGGACCUGCAGAGGAAGCUAGAGGAGCGGAACAGGCUCUUGGGAGAGUAUAAAAAGGAGCUGGGGCAGAAGGAGCGCCUCCUCCAGCAGCACCAGGCCAAGCUGGAAGAAGCCCUCCGGAAGCUCUCUGAAGCCAGUUACCAGCAGGUGGACCUAGAGCGGGAGCUGGAACAGAAAGACGUCCUUUUGGCUCACUGUAUGAAAAGAGAGGCAGAUGAGGUGACCAGCUACAACAGUCACAACUCUCAGAGCAAUGGUUUUCUCCUUCCAGUGGCAGGAAAAGGAGCUGCUUCCAUCACUCACAAAGGGACCAGCGACCUGCAGCUCGUUCGCGAUGCGCUCCGCAGCCUGCGCGGCAGCUUCAGCGGCCACGACCCUCAGCAUCACACCAUCGACAGCCUGGAGCAGGGCCUCUCCAGCCUGAUGGAGCGCUUGCACGCCAUGGAGACCCAGAAGAAGCCGGACAGAAAGGUUCGGGGCAAGUCACCCAGAACUCAAGCAGGUAGUGAAUACCGGGAGUCCUGGCCCCCUAAUUCAAGGUUGCCUCACUCACAGAGCUCCCCGGCUGUCAGCAGCACCUGCACGAAAGUGCUCUAUUUCACUGACCGGUCACUCACACCCUUCAUGGUCAACAUACCAAAGAGGUUGGGGGAGGUGACACUAAAGGAUUUUAAAGCAGCUAUUGACCGGGAGGGAAAUCACCGCUACCACUUCAAAGCGCUGGAUCCUGAGUUUGGCACUGUCAAAGAGGAGGUUUUUCACGACGAUGAUGCCAUCCCUGGGUGGGAAGGGAAAAUUGUCGCCUGGGUGGAAGAAGACCAUGGAGAGAAUUAAUGCUGAGUAUUGGAUUGGGAGCUCAUGGAACUUGGCACCCCCUGGCUGUUUCACUCAGGAAAGAGGACUAAAACCAGAAUACACAAAGAAGUUUCUAGUUUGUGCUGCCAAAAAAGAAGCUUCUCCAAGUGUGACAGCCCCAGGCCAGUACUGUUUCUGUGCCUGGCUUAUGUGGUACUUAAAAUCCCUGUCCACCUGUAGACCAUGGGUUCAUCUGGAGUUCCUUGUCCGUGGGAACACAGUGUUUUAUUCUACUCUGAGGACAACAAACCGAAGGCCUUAACCAGUGGGAAUGGACGAUCCCGCUCCUGUCGGGGCAUGGCUGCUAUUAUCUGGAAACUGGGAAUUGGAUGCAUCACUCCUGUGUGUUACAGUAUUACUUUAAUUGGCCUCAAUGGUUGCAGCAAUCAGAGUCCCAGCAUUUGUACUCACAGACAAGGCAAAGGUACCAGCUUUUUUGCUUCUUUGCAGCUAUUGCAAACCAAGAGGAACUCCUGAGGUGGUACCAAAGAUGAAAGCCCACUCUUCAGGAAGUUUUUGGACCGGGCAUGGAUGGUGCUGAAUUGUUGAUUGGAUGGAAAAAGGGCUGCCCAUGUUGUGCUAUACUUCGCUAAAACCAUGAUGAAGUAAGACCUUGGGUUGCCUCUUGUGUCUUAACUGGUUCUGCAACUUGUCCUUUAGCCCACAGAGGGCACAUUUCAUGUACUGCUAGUUUUCUCUGGGGACUCUUCCACCGUAGAGCCAUUUUUUCCCCCUUCCAACUGACGAACUUUGUGUUUGAAAGGAAUAAGGAGUUAAAGUCUCCUUAAAAAUCUAGGCGGGUAUGGAAAGGUGCUGCUACCCAUAUUUCCUUGACUUUCUUUCUCUCAUGACUUCCUUUAACUCAUGGUGUCUCCGUUGCAGUCAAAAGGAGACCGUUCAUUUCAGUGUUUGUAAUUUAUGAGUACUGAGCAUGAGUUACUGGUCUGCCCCUCUUCAUUUCAAGUUAUUUUCGAUUAUGUAUUUAGUCUAGGUUGAUCCUUUAGGGCACAAUAGGCCAUGGGGCAUGGAGCAUGAGUUGUGAAUGGCAGGGUUGAUUCUGGGUUAAAAAAACCCUAGAAUCUUUUCUCACGUGCAACACUGUCAAGUGUAGAAGCUAAGAGAAAAGAGUUAAACUUCCAGAGAUGACUUAAUAACUUGGGUUUUCUCAGUCAUUUACCAAGCACCAUCAACUAAUCAGCCAUAUAUAUAUAUAUAUAUGUAUGUAUGUAUAUACAUAUAUAUGCACACACACACACACACACAAAUACUCAUUCCCAAAAGCAGUCGGCCUGUGACCAAUGUACACUGCCAACCAGGAGAGUCAGACAAGUCAGUUCUGGGUUCUUGACCUGUCUGUCUCUAGUUCAUCUCCGUUUUCCAGCUGUUUCAACAGACUACUCAUUGGAGCUCUAAAAUGACAUUUUGUUGUUUUAUAUAAAUGUGUCUUUUAAAAUAGUUCAUGUUUGGAGAAUUCUUUUGUACUCAUUUGUUUUUGUCUGAGAACCAUGUCUAUUUUUAUAACUCGAGUGUGAGUUCUAUAUGUUCUCACAUUCUAUAUACUGUAUCCAUUUUCUAGAGAACCCAGUAGCUUUUAUAAGGCUCUUCUCUUCUUACCCUUGUGGUUUCAGAACAAGCUUUAUUUUAUUACAAGUAUAUUAAUGACAACUGAUUCCUGGUUCUAAUUCUACCUGCCAUUUUGGUAGUGGAGGUAGUUUUAUGUAAUCUCUUUGAUUGCUCCUCUAGCAUACAGAAGGAGCUCAAAAGAUAUCUGAUAUCUUUCAGUAAGUUUACUUGAUCUCCUACUGAAGAAUUUCUCAUUGGAAGUGACUGGGAAAGUCAGUCAAAAGCAAGAAUAAUUCAUUACGAAAGCAAACAGAAGAAAACAGGAUAUUCUGAACCUUCACCCCCCACCCCACCCCGGAAGUCUGGAGGAAAGGUCCUCAUGUCACCAAUUUCUCUGUUGCAUGAAUUUUAGUGUUUUGCUAGACAUGCUAGACAGCAUGAGGGUUAUUAGGCCAAAAUUCGUUACUGUAUUUCCAGUACAAUUUAUCUUAAAUAUUUGUCUCUUAAGUUAGUUUUUACUUGUCAGUUUUCUUUGAGCAAACAUUCUCACCAUUAUGUAGAAUUUAGCUUUUCAGAGAAAAUUAAAUGAGAGAAAAAUUUCAAAGUCCUCUACCUUAUUUGGCUUUUAUAUCUCUGUCCUUUGGAAGAGGAGCUGCAUGGCCUCAGUGCCUCCACAGAAAGCUGAAGUUGAGUUCAGGGGAGAAAAUGAGAUAGUUUUUUCCCCUUUAGCUCAUUAAUCUCAUAUGCCACGGGUAAUAACUAAACACCCCCAUUACAGGAUGUCGCUCCAGUAAUUUUUGUGUAGAGUGUGUUGGUACUCCCCAUUCCAGUUUCUAAAGACACGAACCGUCCGAGAAGUGUGUGCAUUGAUUCCUUCGGGUUUAAAUCGAUUCCUGUUUGUUACACUUUGGUUGUCCUUGAAGCCUCUUGACUUAUUCCAAGGAUUGUCCCCAGGUGACAUUUGUGUGGGAUAGUCCAUCCAAACACUGAAAUUCUCUUCCUUUUAAAAAACUGAGGAACUAGAAUGUUUGGAGUUCAUAAAAUAACCUCUAAACCUAUGAGAUUAAAAAAAAAAGAUCCUCUCACAAAAACUAGCUUAGAAAAAGCUCAAUUCCUUCAAAAGUCGUCAUUUAAAAACUGAUGACUAUUCUCACUCAGUUCCCUAAAUUAGCUGGAAUUGGAACACUUUACAAUUUGUACCUAAAGAAUUUGGAUUAAACUUAGUUAAUGGCUUUCCUACUUACUGAUUAACAUUUCAGCUCUUUUUGACCAGGAUGGCUGUAAAUUAGGGAAAAUAUCUUUAUGUUUACAUCCAAUCCAAGAGGACUCUAAUUACUUAAGAGCAUUUAUGUCAUAAUUAUAAUAAUUUUCAUUUUUUCCAUAAAAUAAGCAUUAUGAUUGCACACUCCUAUUGUCUGAAUUUAUGUAAGAGGUAUAGCUUGCUUAAAAUAUAUAUGUAAAGUUAUAUUUUCUUAGAAACAUGGAUGUUUGCAACCAUUGCUUUCAUAGAGAUUACCACCAUGCAUUCUCCCUGUUUUGUUUUCAUGAAGACUGUGUUAUACCAGAGGCUUCUGAUUAUCAAAGUGAUAACCAGUUUUAACUGCCUGUAUGUACCAGAUUUGUGAACUAAUUUUAAAAAAAGCAGAAACAAACCAUGAAUAAAAUGGAGUUUGCAAACUAAA